AAAAAUGUGUGCGUGUAAAAAAGAAAUAUGAGGCAAACUCUGAUUUCAGCCAGGAAGAAGUUACAGUUACGCGCCGACCAGCUGACUGACCACGUGACUUUGCGGAAGUAGAAACAACGCGAGUGGAUCUUGAGGAAGGAGCAUGGUGGCUCGCUUCGCUUUGCUGUGCGUCGUCGCCUGCGCGAACCAGGUGCUAAGUGUUCAGAGUUCGCCCGGGGACGAGCGUGAACCCGCCUCCCAGCGGGGAGCGACGGGCUGCGGCUGUGACAGCCUGAAGAGAGCCGCUGGAGCGGUGGACGCGGACCCGGACCCGGCUGCCAGAUACUCCAGAGGAGCGAAUGAGAGGACGUCUGAAGCCCAGGGAGAGGACGGGAAAUUCCGAAGUCCGAUGAUCCUGAUUUCUGGAGGAGAGUUCCUGAUGGGAACAGACAACCCAGGCAUCCCUCCAGACGGCGAAGGCCCUCAGAGGCCGGUGCAUGUGGACUCCUUCUACAUGGACAUCCAGGAAGUCACCAACCGCCAGUUUGAGACUUUUGUCCGAGCCACAGGAUACGUUACAGAGGCAGAGAAGUUUGGAAACUCGUUUGUGUUUGAGGGGAUUUUGAGCGACACGGUCAAAAGCCAGAUCACCCAAGCAGUGGCUGCUGCCCCCUGGUGGCUGCCAGUCAACGGGGCCAGUUGGAGGCACCCUGAAGGUCCAGACUCCAACGUCACACUCAGACUGGACCAUCCUGUUUUACAUGUGUCCUGGGCAGACGCAGUUGCCUAUUGUUCUUGGGCCAACAGGAGGCUUCCCACAGAGGCAGAGUGGGAGUACGCUUGCAGGGGAGGCCUCAAAGACCGACUUUACCCGUGGGGAAACAAUUUGACCCCGAAAGGACAGCACUACGCUAACCUCUGGCAGGGGGAUUUCCCCAACCAGAACUCUGGAGAGGAUGGAUAUGUCAAAACCUCACCUGUAAUGUCUUUCCCCGCCAAUGGCUUUGGCUUGUAUGACAUGGUGGGGAAUGCGUGGGAAUGGACGUCCGACUGGUGGACUGUGCAUCACACCACAGAGCGGCAACACAACCCUAAAGGUCCUCGUUCAGGCACAGACAAGGUGAAGAAGGGAGGCUCAUACAUGUGCCAUAAGUCUUACUGCUACAGAUACAGAUGUGCGGCUCGAAGCCAGAACACUCCGGACAGCUCGGCCUCUAAUCUUGGUUUUCGCUGUGCCUCUCAGGAGCAACAGUGACCCGACCCGCUUGUUUUGAACACAAGCGGGUCGGGUCACCUGUUUGGGAACAGCUCGUUCCAUCUGCUUCAGUGUCUGAAGCAGAAUAAAUCCAAUCCAUCAAAGUAUUAUUUGAAUUUGAUAAUGAGUUUCUGUGUCAUCGUGUUUCCGAGGAUCUGAUGAUGAUUUAAAAAAACAGGAACUCUGUGUUCUGCAUUUAAUAAGAGCUCCUAUUUUAUAAAUGUAUAUAUAUAUAUAUUUUUUUAUAUCUAUUUCAUAAAAAAAAUAAAAAAAAAUAAAAAUAAAAAAUAAAAAUAAUAAAACAGAGCUGAGAUGUAUAAUAUUUAGAAUGAAUUAAAAUUGGUACAUUAAUUGUGUGUAUGUGUUUUUUUUAAAUAUUUUCUUACUUGAUGAGAUUCAUUUGUUGUUACUUUUUUACCUCUUUGUUUUUAGCUCCUAAGGUGCUAAAUUGCCCUAAUAAAGAAAACCUGCUAAUCUCAAAGGGCAGAUUUUAUCUUUGUAUUACUUCUACAUGUUAUGGUAAUUAAUUU